AUGCCAUUGAGCUUGUCAAAACUGAAGGGUAUGCUAUGCAUCCCUGAAAGCUCUGACGAAUACUCAAAGGAUGUAGGAUUCAAGCCCGCCAAGGGGUCUCAGCCUGAUAAGACGCCGGUUGUGGAAGAGCGACCUCGUACGAGCGACUCUAGCAGCUCUGCAUCGACCAGUGAAACCAAGAGGUCAGACCAGAUCUUGGAUGUGCUCAAGACCUUCAACUUGAAGAAUCUCAGGACCGUCAAAGAUGUCGCCUUACAGCAAAUUGACGGCGAGCCUAUCGACGACAAGACAUACCUUAUGGAACGAAUCAUUCAACUAGUCGCGGAUCUUCCUAUUUCCAGCAGAACCAGCGCUACUCUGACCAAUGCGUUCCUAAACCAGCUAUGGACAGACCUGAAACACCCGGCUCAAUCAUAUCUGGGAGCAGAUUACAUCUAUCGCAAGGCGGAUGGGACCAACAACAAUAUUCUUUGGCCGCAUCUUGGGGCUGCAGGGCAGCCGUAUGCGCGAACAGUGCGUCCUAGAUUGAUGCAGCCUGUUGCCAGGCCGGAUCCCGGAGUCAUCUUCGACAGUCUUCUGGCUCGCAAGAAGUUCAGGCCUCAUCCCAACAAGAUAUCGAGCGUACUCUUCUAUGUGGCCUCGAUCAUCAUCCACGACAUCUUCCACACAAAUCACGAUGACUAUAGCAUUUCUGAUACUUCUUCCUACCUCGAUUUGGCUCCUCUUUAUGGCAAUUCUGUAAAGGACCAGGAGGCUGUUCGGACCAUGCAGGGUGGAAAGCUGAAACCUGACUGCUUCUCAGAUGUGCGGAUUCUCGGCUUUCCUCCUGGCGUCGGCGUCCUUCUCAUCAUGUUCAAUCGCUUUCACAAUCACACAGCAGAGAAUCUUGCUCGCAUCGACGAAAAUGGCCGCUUCUCGAGGAUUCUCAAUCCACAAGGCAAGCCGAAGCCGCCCAACGCCGACAAGUUAUAUGAUGAAGCAUUGUUCCAGACGGCACGGUUGAUCACCACUGGCCUCUACAUCAACAUCAUCUUGAAAGACUACGUCAGAACAAUUUUGAAUCUGAAUCGAGUAGACUCGUUGUGGAACCUCGACCCGAGAUCUGAGGAAGGCAAUGCUAUCUUUGGCCAUAAGAUUCCGGAAGCCACUGGGAAUUCUGUAUCGGCGGAAUUUAAUCUGGUCUACCGAUGGCACUCCUGUGUCUCUGAGAGGGACGAACAGUGGACCAAGGAAGCUUACACCAAGCUAUUCGGGCAUCAAUCAUCGCUGUCCAUGGGUCAGUUCCUCGGUGCACUCAAUGAUUGGGCUAAGAAGCUGAGCCCGGAUCCGGCCCGGCGAGAGUUUGCAGGUCUUCAGCGCCGACCUGGCAACAAGUACCCCGACGAAGAGCUGGCAGCUAUCUGGACUGCAUCUGUCUCGGACGUAGCGGGUAGUUAUGGUGCCCUCCACGUGCCCGAGAUCCUGAAGAAUGUGGAAGUGUUGGGUAUCAUUCAAAGUCGUUCUUGGAAUCUGGCAAGCUUGAACGAGUUUCGAGAAUAUUUCAAGCUCGAGCCCCAUAAGACGUUCGAAGAUAUCAAUCCCGACCCUUUCGUCGUCGAGCAGCUGCGUCGACUUUACGGCCACCCGGACAAUGUCGAAAUAUACCCCGGCGUAGUCAUCGAGGCGGCCAAGGAGCCCAAACUCCCUGGCAGCGGCUUGUGUACAAAUUUCACCACCUCGCGAGCAAUUCUUUCUGACGCUGUUGCGUUGGUUCGAGGAGACCGUUUCUAUACCAUUGACUAUACCCCUGCCAAUCUGACGAACUGGGGAUUCAAACAGGCAGACUAUGACUUGGCCAUAAACAACGGAUGUGUGUUUUAUAAGUUGGUGUUGACUGCCUUACCCAACAGCUAUCGACAGGACUCAGUGUACGCGCACUACCCGCUGGUGAUUCCGGAGGAAAAUAAGGCGAUCAUGACCAAGCUGAAGAAGGCAGAUUUGUACAGUUUCGACAAGCCAGAUAACCUUCCUGCUGCCGUUGCCGUUAGCUCUUCCUCAGCUUGCAGGACUGUCGUGGCGAGUACGUCUGGUUUCCGUUCAUCUUGGGAUAUGCAGCUCUUCUCCUCUGGGCAGGGACUUCAGCAUCAUCGCGAAAAGGGUCUGAUUGUCGCCCACAAGCUGCUCCAGACGGAAGGAUUGCAGGCUGCGGCAGACGCCUUCUACAAGGACGUCAUCACUGCUCUGGUCCGGAAGAGUGCGUAUCAGCUCGCAGGCUGUCAGCAGGUUGACGUCGUUCGGGAUGUUUUCAAUGUUGCUCAUGCGCAGUUCGCCGCAAACCUCUUCCUUCUGCCCUUAGGAGGUAAGGGGAAAUCUCACGACAAAUACGAUGAACAAGAUCUUAUUGCCCUUCUUUCCUCCAUCUAUGGCUGUGCAAAUGUGAAGCAACCUGAUAGGCGUUUUGCUCUGAUCAAGAAGAAACGAAAGGCGAUUCUGCAGCUCGCAGGGCGCUUGCAAGCGGAAGUGAGCAACGGCAUCAAGGGUAAUUUCAGCCUACACUCGCACUCGCCGGUACAGCUUCGAAGCCUUGCAGCGCAAGCGAUUCAGGAAGCCUCGAAGACUGGAUUAUCCCCGGCAGAUAUCGUGUGGACUCAACUGCUCCCGUUGGCAGCUUGGGUUUUCGUCAAUCAGUCGCGAGUCUUUGCCGAGGUGCUCGAUCACAUUCUCGGCGCAAGAGACAGGAAACCAAGCAUCGAAGAGCUGAAGCAGAUGCUAGACCAAGAGGGCCCAUUAUCGAGGAAGGCUGAGACCUACUUUCGCGAGAUCUGUAGGGGUCGACCAGCUACCCCCAUCUUCAGAGAGGCGACGUCUUCGCAAAUUGUGAUUGACGGAGGGACACAGCUUCAGGUGUCUGCAGGGCAGCGUAUUCUCUGUGACACAGACAAGGCUGCGGUGGAUUGUGACAGCACCAAGUUAUCUGAUGCUGGACCAGGCCAGUCCCAGGAUCCGCAGGCCUCAUCUGGAGACGAGGUUUCUCUUGGAGCUCGACUGAGCCUUGCAUCUUUGGGAUCGACCAUGUCUGUUCUUUGCGGGCUUGAAGGGUUGACCAGAGCCGUAGGACCAACAGGCCAGCUUCGGCAACUGAACGAGGGUGACGUGGUAAACUAUCUGAAUAUUGAGGAGAGCAUGGUACAGUCAUACCCGGCUACCUUGACGAUCAAAUGGCAAGGAUGA